AUGACAGAGGGGACAUUAAAAAAUAUAGAUGACCUCGAAAAGCAUCUUACAAAAGCCAAAGCGAAUAACAACCGAACAGAGGAAGAACAUACUUACAACAGCCUCGGCAACGCUUAUUUCUCCCUCAGCAACUUCCACAGAGCAAUAUAUUACCACAACCAACACCUGAGCAUUGCCCAGGAAGUCGGCGACAGGGCCGGAGAAGGACGUGCCUAUGCCAAUCUCGGCUAUGCUUAUCACUCCCUCGGCAAGUUCCAAGAAGCAAUAAAUUAUCACAACCAACACCUGAGCAUUGCCCAGGAAGUCGGCGACAUGGCCGGAGAAGGACGUGCCUAUUGCAAUCUCGGCAAUGCUUAUGGCUCCCUCGGCAAAUUCCAAGAAGCAAUAAAUUACCACAACCAAGACCUGAACAUUGCCCAGGAAGUCGGCGGCAGGGCCGGAGAAGGACGAGCCUAUUGCAAUCUCGGGAAUGCUUAUCACUCCCUCGGCAAAUUCCAAGAAGCGAUAAAUUACCACAACCAGCACCUGAGCAUUGCCCAGGAAGUCGGCGACAGGGCAAGAGAAGGACGUGCCUAUUGCAAUCUCGGCAUUGCUUAUCACUCCCUCGGCGAAUACCAAGAAGCGAUAAAUUACCACAACCAACACCUGAGCAUUGCCCAGGAAGUCGGCGACAGGGCCGGAGAAGGACGCGCCUAUGCCAAUCUCGGCAAUGCUUCUCACUCCCUCGGCAAAUUUCAAGAAGCGAUAAAUUACCACAACCAACACCUGAGCAUUGCCCAGGAAGUCGGCGACAGGGCCGGAGAAGGACGUGCCUAUUGCAAUCUCGGCAUUGCUUAUCGCUCCCUCGGCAAAUUUCAAGAAGCGAUAAAUUACCACAACCAACACCUGAGCAUUGCCCAGGAAGUCGGCGACAGGGCCGGAGAAGGACGUGCCUAUUGCAAUCUCGGCAAUGCUUAUCGCUCCCUCGGCAAAUACCAAGAAGCGAUAAAUUGCCACAACCAAGACCUGAGCAUUGCCCAGGAAGUCGGCGACAGGGCCGGAGAAGGACGUGCCUAUGGCAAUCUCGGCAAUGCUUAUCACUCCCUCGGCAAAUUCCAACAAGCAAUAAAUUACCACAACCAGCACCUGAGCAUUGCCCAGGAAGUCGGCGACAGGGCCUGUGAAGGACGUGCCUAUCGCAAUCUCGGCAAUGCUUAUCACUCCCUCGGCAAAUACCAAGAAGCGAUAAAUUGCCACAACCAAGACCUGAGCAUUGCCCAGGAAGUCGGCGACAGGGCCGGAGAAGGACGUGCCUAUGGCAAUCUCGGCAAUGCUUAUCACUCCCUCGGCAAAUUCCAACAAGCAAUAAAUUACCACAACCAGCACCUGGGCAUUGCCCAGGAAGUCGGCGACAGGGCCUGUGAAGGACGUGCCUAUCGCAAUCUCGGCAAUGCCUAUCACUUCCUCGGCAAAUUCCAAGAAGCGAUAAAUUGCCACAACCAAGACCUGAGCAUUGCCCAGGAAGUCGGCGACAGGGCCGGAGAAGGACGUGCCUAUGGCAAUCUCGGCAAUGCUUAUCACUCCCUCGGCAAAUUCCAACAAGCAAUAAAUUACCACAACCAGCACCUGAGCAUUGCCCAGGAAGUCGGCGACAGGGCCUGUGAAGGACGUGCCUAUCGCAAUCUCGGCAAUGCUUAUGACUCCCUCGGCAAAUUCCAAGAAGCAAUAAAUUACCACAACCAAGACCUGAGCAUUGCCCAGGAAGUCGGCGACAGGGCCGGAGAAGGAUGUGCCUAUGGCAAUCUCGGCAAUGUUUAUGACUCCCUCGGCAAAUUCCAAGAAGCAAUAAAUUACCACAACAAACACCUGAGCAUUGCCCAGGAAGUCGGCGGCAGGGCCUGUGAAGGACGUGCCUAUGGCAAUCUCGGCAAUGCUUAUCACUCCCUCGGCAAAUACCAAGAAGCGAUAAAUUACCACAACCAAGACCUGAGCAUUGCCCAGGAAGUCGGCGACAGGGCCUGUGAAGGACGUGCCUAUGGCAAUCUCGGCAAUGCUUAUCACUCCCUCGGCAAAUACCAAGAAGCGAUAAAUUACCACAACCAAGACCUGAGCAUUGCCCAGGAAGUCGGCGACAGGGCCGGAGAAGGAUGUGCCUAUGGCAAUCUCGGCAAUGCUUAUGACUCCCUCGGCAAAUUCCAAGAAGCAAAAAAUUACUUCAACAAACGCCUGAGUAUUGCCCAGGAAGUCGGCGACAGGGCCUGUGAAGGACGUGCCUAUGGCAGUCUUGGCAAUUUUCACUACUCCCUCGAAGACUUUCAACAAGCAAUAAAGAAUCACAAGAAAUGCUUGAGCAUUGCCAAGGAAGUCCGCGACAGAAAGGGAGAAGGAAUUGCCUAUUGCAAUCUCGCCGAAGCUUAUUUGUCCCUCGACGAGUUUCAACAAGCAAUAGAGUACUUCUCAAAGCAUCUGUGCAUUGCCGAGGAAGUCGGUGACAAGUCUUCUGAAGGACAAGCAUAUUACGCACUGGGUAUUUCUCUUUCAAGGUUAGGUCGUUGGAAUGAGGCUUUAUUUCAUUUUAUCACCAGCGUAGAAAUCCUUGAUGCUAUCAGGGCCAGUUGCAUUUCGGAAGAUGCACUGAAAAUAAGUUUUCGUAAUCUUUGUAAAGGUGCCUACACUAGUUUAUGGCAAGUUCUAAUAGAGCUUCAAUUGACGGAUGAGGCUUUAUACGCUGCCGAGAAGGGACGAGCACAGGCCUUAGUAGAUGCGUUGAAAAUAAAUUAUGGCUUAACAUCACUUUCGCUCAAGUCAAAUGAAUCUGAAGAAGAACUCACAAUCAUUUUAAAGAAGAUAUCUGUUUCGACAGUUUUUCUGGCAGUUCAAAAAGAAACAAUCAAUAUGUGGGUCAUGAGGAAGGAAAGGAAAGCAAUUUUUAGGCAAGCGGAGCUUAAAGUUGAAAGAGCGCACGAAGAUUAUUUUGCUGUACUUUUAGAAACUACCUUGAAAAACAUUAGGGCUGGCGUCGAUGUUCGGUGCGAGAAUCGGUCAUUAGAUGAGCGAAAGGAUAACCAAACUUCCAGCACUGAAAAGGAUGAUCAAACAUCGGAGCUGUCGCACGAUACUAUCGACUGUUUUAAGCCACUGUAUAAUGCAGUCAUUGGUCCCAUUGAAGACUUGCUUCCUGAUGAUGAACUCAUUGUAGUCCCUGAUGGCGCUUUGUCCUUAGCUCCAUGGACCGCGCUAAGUGAAUCUUUAAGGAUCCGCACAGUUCCCUCACUGACAAGUCUGAAAUUCAUCAUAGAUUCUCCAGAUGAAUACCACUGUAAAAGUGGCGCCCUGCUUGUUGGAGAUCCAUGUCUGAAGAAAGUUACAAAUAAAGGGGGUUAUCCUAUUUAUGAUCAACUGAAAUACGCAAAACAGGAAGUGGAGAUGAUUGGAGAAAUUCUUAAGUGCCAGCCACUGACGGGAGAAGGAGCGACCAAAAAAGAAUUUCUUCGCAGAAUAAAUUCAGUUGCUUUGGUUCACAUUGCAGCACACGGAAGUAAAGAAACUGGUGAAAUUGCUUUGGCUCCAGACCCUUGCUGGGAAUCCAAGAUUCCUGAGGAGGAGUAUUUUUUGAGAAUGUCUGAUAUACAAGCUAUUAAACUGAGAGCCAGGCUGGUUGUCCUUAGUUGCUGUCAUAGUGGUCAAGGAGAGGUCUCGUCUGAGGGUGUGGUCGGUAUUGCUCGGGCUUUCUUGUUUGCUGGUGCUCGUUCCGUGGUGGCGACACUCUGGGCAAUUGAUGACGAAGCAACCCUGGAGUUUAUGAAAAGUUUUUACCAACACCUGAGGGGUGGAGAAAGUGCUAGUUCUGCUCUUCAGAGGGCCAUGAAAUGUCUCCGGGACUCGGACAAGUUUUCUGCGCCAAAGUACUGGGCUCCAUUUGUACUGAUUGGCGAUGACGUUACGAUUGAAUUUGAUGAAAGUAACCGCGAAAGUGGUAAGUAG